AUGGGCUUCACCACCGGAUUCACGGGCGGUGUGACCGUCGUCCUCGGCCUCUCCUACCUCAGCCUCCAAGCACACAGGCGCACGCGCGAGCGCCAAGCCGAGACCCUGCGCGCCAACACCUACAUCCUCAACUCCCUCACCUACAUCCCCGCCACCGCCCCACCGCCAAAGACAGUGGCCGAGGAGCUGGCCCUGCUGGAGCAGCAGCAGGAGCUCCUGGCGCGCGCCGAGCAGCAGCGCAGGACACUCUCCGCGAGGGACGAGGGCUUCUUCGACAAGGCCAAGGACAGGUGGAACGCCGAGAUCGAGGGCGCCGUGCGGUGGGCCGCCAACAAGGACUGGGUCGCCGCGCGCGAGGACACCGAGACCGCCGCCUCGAGACUGUGGGCGCGCGCGAGCGGCGGCGAGGCACCCGCCGACACGGCCCACCGGGCGGGCGCUACUGUGACAGACAAGGCCGCUGCCGCAGCGGCCACGGCGGGUGACAAGGCUGCCGAGGCCAAGGGGGCGGCUGCGAGUAUCUGGGAGCGGGGCUUGAAGAAGGGCAAGGAGCUUGCUGGCCAGGCCAAGGCUGGCCUCGAGAAGGCAGAGGAGAAGGCGCAGGACGUGGUGAGGGGCGCGGCGAAGGAGACUGGCGAGACUGAUAUCGAGAAGGUUCUGCAGCAGCGGUAUGAGCGGAAACCGGACGAGUCUAUGAACAAGAGCCCUGAGGAGCUGCUCGAGGAGAGGUAUAGGCCUAUGGUCGAGCAGGAUAACACCAAGUUGAGGGGUGUUUAG